GGCGGCCGGCCGGUGGUCACUCCCCGAGGGAGGGGGCGGCCAGCUGGUGGUCACUCUCCAGGGGAGGGGUCCUUCCCGGAGAGGGGCAGCCAGCUGGCCGGUCUCUGGCGGGCAUGAGGGUCCGCGCGGGGAUGCAGCGCCGCCCGGCUUGUCCGCGCGGGAGGCCUAAAGCAGGGAUGAGCGCUGGGAGGACGAGCGGAUGCGAGGCGUGGCCUGCGAAGGGCUCCGGGGAGGUGACGCUUGGGCUAAAACCUGAGUGACAUCCAGGAGUGAGCCGCACAAGUUCUGGGAGCGAGCGCGCGGGGAAGAGGAAACCGUAGCAAAGGCCCCGAGGGCAGGAAUGAGCCCGCGGGGUCCAGGGCAGCGAGGACUGCGGAGCGGAGGGGCUUGGGGUAGCUGUCCGCGAGCAGAGCCGCAGAGCCCAGGAAGGACUUGGGGCGUCCUGGAGGUUUGAGAGCAGGAAAGUGUAUAUGGACUAUAAUGCAACCACCCCCCUGGAGCCAGAGGCCAUCCAGGCCAUGACUGAAGCCAUGCAGGAAGCCUGGGGGAAUCCCAGCAGCCCUUACCCGGCAGGUGAUUCUAGGAGACACACACAGAUCAGAGAUGUGGGGGGCAGAGGGCCCAUGUGGCUGCUCAGCCACUACCAGAGACCCAGCUCCUUCUAUCUUAAAGCUUUUUCCAUCUUCAACAUGCACCUGCCCCUUGUGGUCAAGAUGGCUCCUGCAGUUCAAGCCAUCACCGUGAUCUUAAGCAAAUUGUUCCAUCCUUUCAUUCUCCUGUCUUGGCGGGUGGGAAGCGAGGCAGAUGGCCACAGCUUCCCCUCUCCCGUAGCACCCGGUAGGAAGGCCAAGGAGAUUAUCAAUGCAGCUCGGGAAAACCUUGCCAAGAUGAUAGGUGGGAGACCUCAAGACAUGAUCUUCACUUCCGGGGGCACAGAGUCAAAUAAUUUAGUAAUCCAUUCUGUGGUGAAACAUUUCCACAAAAUCCAUGCCGCAGUGGGGGACACGGCCGAGCAUCCCAGCCCAGUGGAGGGGGCCCUGCCUCACAUCAUCACUUGCACCGUGGAACACGACUCCAUCCGCCUGCCCCUGGAGCACCUGGUGGAAGAACAAGUGGCCGAGGUCACCUUUGUCCCCGUGUCCAAGGUAAACGGGCAGGCGGAGGCUGAGGACAUCCUGGCGGCCGUCCGCCCGGCCACGUGCCUCGUGACCAUCAUGCUGGCCAAUAACGAGACAGGCGUCAUCAUGCCGGUGCCCGAGAUCAGCCGGCGAGUCCGAGCCCUGAACCAGCAGCGGGCGGCGGGCGGGCUGCCGGGGGUGCUCGUGCACACGGACGCCGCCCAGGCCUUGGGGAAGCGGCGCGUGGACGUGCGGGACCUGGGCGUGGACUUCCUGACCAUCGUGGGCCACAAGUUCUAUGGCCCCAGGAUUGGAGCACUUUACAUCCGAGGGCUCGGUGAACUCACCCCUCUGUACCCUAUGCUGUUUGGAGGUGGACAAGAGCGGAAUUUCAGGCCAGGGACAGAGAACACCCCGAUGAUUGCCGGCCUUGGGAAGGCGGCUGAGCUGGUGGCAGAGAACUGCGAGGCCUACGAAGCCCACAUGCGGGAUGUGCGCGACUACCUGGAGGAGAGGCUGGCGGCUGAAUUUGGUAAGAGAAUCCAUCUGAACAGCCAGUUUCCAGGCACUGAGCGACUCCCCAACACCUGUAACUUCUCCAUCCUGGGACCCCAGCUGCAAGGCCGCCUGGUGCUGGCCCAGUGCAGGACGCUGCUGGCCAGCAUGGGGGCUGCGUGCCACUCGGACCACGGAGACCGGCCAUCCCCGGUGCUGCUGAGCUGCGGCGUCCCCUUGGACGUGGCCAGGAACGCCAUCCGGCUCAGCGUGGGCCGCGGCACCACCCGGGCCGAAGUGGACCUCGUCGUGCAGGACCUGAAGCAGGCGGUGGCCCGGCUGGAGGGCCAGGCCUAGUGCCCAGGGUGGUGCCAGAAGGAGUCUUCCUCUUGUCCCAGAGCGUGUGGGCUCCGGGCUCCCUCCCGUCCCUUGGUCAGUGAGGGAACGGGUCUGCUGGGCACACAGAUGCCACCGGUGCUGAGGGGCCCAGGACAAGAUGCCCUCGUGGGACCGUCCCUGUCACUGCUGCCCAGUGGCGCCAGUUGGAUUAGAAACACUUUAGCCACGUCCACGCUCCCCUCUCGGAAGUGGGGCGAGCUUGUUACAAGCAUGCCCUUCCUGGAAGGUGGCAUUUUUAUCUGAAAGGUAAAAUCCUAGUAUUUAUAAUUGAUUGUCAGCUGCUCUCAUGGAAAUAGGAAACCUGGUUUUUGGCUGCUGUCCUGGCCUCUGUGCACCUGUUGGCUGAGAGGUUGGUCCCUCCUCACCCUCAUGGCCCUUCUCAAGCCCUUUCCAGAGGGAGGGCGCCCUUGCGGUCAGGCCCCCUCCCUGCUUGGCGUCCCCCCGCUUCCUGGGCCUGCCCAUCCUCCUCAUCACUUGCUGGUCACUCGGGCCAUCGACCACUGGGCGCCCUCUCACCCAGUCUGCAGGCCCCUCCCAUCCCUUCCAUUCGAUCAUUUACUCAGGGUUUCAGCUCAGCCGUCAGAGUCAUGGGCGGCAGUACCUGCGUGAUGCUGGGUCAUUCCCAAGGCGGAAAAUCGUUCAUCCCUCGCUCAGCUCCCAUCUCAGUUGUAUUUGCAGGAGGAUUCUUUGAUCUUCACAGAGGCAUUGUGGUAUCUGAUUCACAUCAAAUGUCAUGUCUAUGGAGACAUUUACAUAGGAGUGGUUUUUUUAAUUGAGUAACACUUUUAAUGUGCGGUUGAAAGGUGCAAGGAACUUCAUGAUGGCACUGAGGAAACAACCGUCAGAAAUUAGAUGAACUAAUAAAAGCUUCCAAUGCUUGUU